AUGGAGGUCGAGAUCAAGCUCCGUCUCCCCGGCGCGGCUGCACACCAGCGCCUCUCCUCCUUCCUCGCGCCCCGCCUGCUCCGCACCGAUGCCCCAGCGCGGCCCCUCGCCGCCGCCACCACCGCCCAGCGGGACGUCCGCCUCUACGGCACCGACGACCGCGACCCCUCCCGCGCCGUCCUCACGCUCAAGCGCCGCCCGCGCAUCGACGCCGGCGUCAGCCGCGUUGAGGAGGUCGUGGAGCCCCUCGACCCCGCCCUCGCCCUCACCUGCGUCGACAACCCCGCCCGUCUCGGCGCGGUCGACUCCCCCAUCGUCCGGCUCGUCUCCGACGAGUACGGCGUCGGCGGGGACAAAGCGCCGUUCGUCUGCCUCGGCGGCUUCUGGAACACCCGCGGUGUGUAUGAGCUCGAGGAGGGCGAGGGGAAGGGGCUCGUGCUAGAGCUCGAUGAGACACACUUCGAUUUCGGCACAAACUACGAGCUGGAGUGCGAGACCGCGGAGCCCGACCAGGCCAAGGAGGUCCUGGAGCGGCUGCUCACCGUGGCUGGGGUGCCGUAUGAGUACUCCCGGAGCAAUAAGUUCGCGUGCUUCAUGGCCGGGAAGCUGCUUCCGUGACUAGGUACCUGAAAGGCUGAACCUGAUCUUUGAUGAACUAGAAGGCCAAGAUACCAAGGACUCGAGUGGGCGACUCCAAGAAUGGGUACUCCUGAAACUUUAGCCAGUGGCCAUGUUGAUGUGACCACAUUGCUGCCCUAAGCGAUGAACAGGGCAGGGCGUGUGGUAUUGCAGUUAACUAUGUGUCAUCUGGUCAUCAUAGUGAUUGGUAGAUUAAAACCGUUAGCCACCUCUGAAUUCAUAUCGAAGUCAUGCGAGCUGGUCUUUUUCUGCUUGGAUCUCCAGGGGCCUGAUCAAUUGAACAAGUAUAUUGGGGAGAGCGAAUCAGAAGUAAGGAAAAUAUGAACCCGUGCAAGCACUAACUCACCAUACAUCCUAUUUUUUUGAGGUAAAACUAAGUAGUUGUGGCUGCUUUGGAUGAGAGAACCCAAUUCCUGGUAAAUUGGACACCAUCAAUGAGUUCGUCGAGUUUGAUUGAACUCUCACACUUUGAACAUGCUCUAUUUAAAGCAAGGCCAUCCCUGUCAUAACAGGUACAGUAAAAUGCCAACACAUAUAUGAUUGAUGUUAUGGCACUAUACUUGACUUUGGGGAUGACGAGAUCGACAGAAGCAACAGGAGCCCACGACUCAUGAGUUCAGCGGCGUCUGCACGCCCUACAUGUAGUUGUGCACCUCCUCCUCCUAUUUUCUUGCAUGUGAUCAAUGGUUUCAGAUCUCUAUUUAUCACGGAUUAGAAUAUAUAUUCUGUAACAAUGCUUUCCUACAUUUGGUGGAUUAUUGCACUUGUAUUUUUUAUUGUUAUCAUCUAGAAGAUUAUAUUCUGUAUGAAUGCUUUUAAAAUGCU